AUGUUGUGUUGGUGUGAAUGCAAGAGGACUUCACCCUAUGCCUAUCUCAGUAGCGGGCAAUCGUGUAAAUGUUGGCCGCAUGGAGUGAGCCUCCGGAUGAGCCGUCAAGAGAAAUGGGUAGUAUUCCGCACAUUUGAGAAUGGCUGGAUAUAUAAGAUCUGUAGAGCAUGGACCACAACUUCUUAUUUUUCGUCAUUGCCAGCUUCCCGCUAUACUUUUAAAUUCCUAGGAAGAGUACCAACACUUUUCGGCAACAUGGGGUUCCUUUCAAUCGCUAGCAUUGCUAGCUUGGCAAUCGUGGCACUUGCAUCUCCUCUCAGCAAUGAUGCUGGCUUCGGUCACAUUCGCUUCCGGUCAACAAAAGCGGUCAACCGGGAAUCUCUCCAUAAUAUUCACAUCGAGUACAUCAAGGCUGACUUCGUUGGCGACUUGUCCGUUCUUUAUGGCGACUGCGAAUCUUCCACGACAGAGAAUCACCAUCACUUCAUUGGCAGGACCGAGAUCAGUGCCGAUUCUCGUCCAAAAAGAUUUGUCUGGUCGGUCCCAGGAGAUGCUUUCAGUGGAGGUUGUAUUCAUGCGUUCUCUGGCGAGGAACUGAUUGGAAGAUCUGCUCCAAUCACGCUUGGUGCGCCAUUGAAGAGAAGACAACUCAUUUCUGACGUUGCUGAUACGUCUGGACCAUGGUUCGAUGGAGUUGCUUAUAUGAAGUCGAAGAAUGAGACAAGCGUGUUUGUUGCAGAAGCAAAGAACAAAACAAUCGCUAUUAUUGGAGGGGGCAUGUCUGGUCUCCUGACUAGCCAUCUCUUGCAGUCUGUCGGUAUUGUAAAUUGGGAGAUCAUGGAAUCCAGUCAACGUGUUGGAGGCCGCAUCCGCACCAAGUACCUCAAUGGCUCCAAGCCUGGAGACUACCAAUACCAGGAGAUGGGUCCAAUGAGAUUCCCGGUCAGCUUAACAUAUGCAGAUAGCGGCGAAACACUUGAAAUUAAAGACCACGAGAUGGUUUUCCAACUUGGCGAAGUCCUAAAUGCGAUGAACAAGGACAAGCCUGAGCUUGCGGUCAACUUCAUCCCAUGGAUUCAGAGCAGCGCGAACACACCCAUAAGCUCAAACGGUGUCCGCCUCGCCAACAACCGAAUCCCAAGCAAGUCUCAAGUUUCAAAAAAUUCGAUUCUGGCUGGCGUAUCCCAAACUUCCGCCAAUGCUACGGAAGAAGCAAUUGCUGAAAAGGCCCUGGAAGAAUUCGAAGGCUUGGACCGCAACAGGACUAGAGAAAUUGCUUCCAAUGUUUUCCUUGCUCACAAGCAUGCCAUCCAAAAUGGGCUGUUCGAUUUCUCAGUCGCUAAUUAUCUUCGAUACGAGCUUGGUGUCUCUUUGAACGUCACUGAUUUUAUCGGAGGUGCUGGCGGGGCACCUAUGUGGGAUUAUGAUAAUGUUUACUUUGCCGCGACGACCUGGAGAACAAUCGAUAAAGGUCUCGAGUCUCUUCCGAAGGCAUUCUUGCCUCACGUACAAAAUAAAACAACAUUCGGGCGCUUUGUCUCUGGACUUACAUACAUCCCCGAGACCGACAAGAUCAGUGUCAAUUGGCGAGAUGCGGAUGACAAAUUUUCUAUGAUGACAAAAAGUGCCGAGUUUGACUAUGCCGUAGUCGCGGCUCCAUUCUCGAAAGUUAGACUCUGGAGAACUCCUCCUUACUCGUCGCUUCUCUCCCGCGCCAUUUCAUCGAUGCCAUAUUCUCCCAGCUGUAAACUGAGCCUUCACUACAAAACUCGUUUCUGGGAACAUAUGGAACCGCCGAUCAUUGGAGGAUGCGGAUCAACCGACAUCCCUGGUGUAGGAUCAGUUUGUUACCCCGCCUACAAGAUCAACUCAACUGGCCCAGGUGUCAUUCUCGCAUCUUACGUCUCAGGCACGCCCGCGAUUUCGGUUCAGUCUCUUUCGGAAGAAGAUCACGUUGCAAUGAUCCAGCGCGCCAUGGUUGAAGUUCAUGGAUCCAUCGCAGAUGAGCAAUGGACUGGAAAUUAUGACAGGCAAUGCUGGCAAGUGGAUGAACACCAAGCCGGUGCCUGGGCUUCACCUCUUGUAGGCCAGCAGGACUUGUAUCUGCCAGCUUACUACAAUACGGAGUUCAAGACGGUCUUCAUAGGAGAACAUACAAGCUACACCCAUGCUUGGAUCUUUUCGGCACUGGAUUCAGCUGUACGCGGGACAGUUCAGGUAUUGCUUGAUAUGGGCCUUGUAGAUGAAGCAAAGACUGUGGUGGCUACAUGGAUGGGCAGAUGGAUUACUUUGUGA